AUGAGAACCAAUCCUUUUAUUCGUUGGGUUUCUGCACUUGUAGAAAAAAAGGCAGGACAUAUUGAUCAGAUAAUCGGCCCAGUACUCGACGUAUCUUUCCCUCCAGGUAAUAUGCCUAGAAUUUACAAUUCCUUGAUAGUUAAGGAUAACGAUACAACUGGUGAGCCAAUAAGUGUGACUUGUGAGGUACAACAAUUAUUAGGAAAUAAUAAGGUUAGAGCUAUAGCUAUGAGUGCUACAGAUGGUUUGAUGAGAGGAAUGAAAGUAAUUGAUAUAGGAGGUCCACUUAGUGUUCCAGUUGGUGAAACUACUCUUGGAAGAAAUUUUAAUGUUCUUGGGGAACCUGUUGAUAACUUAGGUCCUAUAGAUGAUCCGAUCCAAUUCAUGUUAUUCAUUGCUCUUAAUAAGCAAGAGAGGCAGCAUCCCAAAAUUCAAGAAUCAUCUGAGAAAUGA